UUGGAUUUUUGCUUGCCUUGCUGCCGUUUUCCAUUCCACCUUUUUUUUUGUUGAAUUUGCUCUGCACAUUUGAGUAUUGCAACGUUGACUGAAGAUACUGGUAGGCUGCGAGUCUACGACCACGUUCUCGUCAUUUUCCCCGGCUUGUCCCCGUCUUUUACACCGCAAACCCCCUUUUUCAUCGCGCAACCCAAGAUAGCCCAUUUGACCACGACACAAUGUCCAAUAUCUCCGAGGACGACCUCCCCUUAACACCCACCUCCCCAACAGGAAGCUCAGCCUCAGGUCUUCCAACGUCCUACUAUGAGCGGUAUACUCGCAAGUACAACUUGGGCGAACGCCAACGCCAACUAGAAAUCCAAGAGGAAAGUAGACGGAUACAACAAGAAAUGCUACACGCGAGAAAUAUGGACCGAGGUUAUCACAACGGGAGUAGUGGUGUGGGAAGUUCAGUAGCGACGAGCGAUCACUUGGAGACCGCUGUCGAAAACUUGUACAGAAUGGUUGAACGAAAAGUCAGCACAGACUACACCCGAGGAGCAGCAGCCUCAUCUGGCAACACCACACAAUCCACCCUUAACCCAAACAACCGCAAACCCCAGCGCGCCUCCAGCUGGACAAGUACAGCAAUCCACUCCGAAGUCAGCAAGCUAUAUAAUAUGGGCGCUGCAACCGCUUCACCAACGAAUGUGCCUGUUGUGGAGGUGGGACGGUAUCCUUACAGUACGGCAGAUCGAAGCGGCGGAGGAGGGAGCACAGUGUCAUUUUGGAGAUCGGGGAGGGGGCUGGAAGAUGGGGAGGGUGUACCAAAGGAGCGGGGGUUGGCAGGCGACCAAGGCAUUCCAUGUGAACUGUUGUUGUUCAUCUACGGUUUCCUCCUGCCGCCUCUGUGGUGGAUAGGCGCACUGCGAAGUGAACCCACAAAAUGGCGGACCCGAUGCCGAUGGGCGGCGGUACUAGGGACUCUCAUCUACCUCGGAGUAGCAGCGGUCCUCGUGUGGUUCUUUGUUUUUCGAAAGAAAUAACAAACAAAAGCUCCCAAUUUGAGCAUCUCUUACAUACGGUGUAGUUUAUUACGAUUAGUACAGGGAUCCAUAGUGAUAUGAUUUGCGUAAUUUGUAUUUGCCAUUCCCAAGGCUUUGUUGGGACCGAUAGAUGUUGACCUAUUCUAGAAAUCGAUAGAGUCGAGGAGCAGCAUAUGGUGAUAGGGGACUUUUUGGGGUGUUUGGAGUUUGAAUUCCAUCACUCAUGCAAAUAGACUGAGGAUGCAUUUCGGGUGCACAUCAUUUACAC